UGGGAAGUAGCCUGCAGGGUGACCCCGGCUCCUGCCCGAGGGUUUCCCGCCCCAGUGAAACCCCAGCCCUGUGACUUUCCCUUUAAGAGCUGUCAGAGCCAGGAAGGCCGGCCAAGCCCGGGCUGGAGGUGGGGACAGAGGCAAGAAAGAAAAAAAGGGAGGCAGGAAAAGUUUUUUCAGAGGAAAAUGCAGGGUUUGUCCUUGCCCCUGACGUCAGCUCUCGCUUUCAUAAACCCCCCCAAGGGCUGCUGGAAGAGGCAUAGCUGGUGCUCCUGAUGGGCAAGCCAGACUGGACCCAGCUCCCCGCGAGGUGUCCGGCUCCUCUGGGCUGCGCGGUGGAUGCUUUGCCACUAACUUCCAGGCAUGAGGUGGUUCCUGCCCUGGAUGCUGGCAGCUGUGACAGCAGCAGCCACAGGCGGUGUCCCGGCCAUGGACCUCUCCCCAGCUGCUACAUCCAUGGCCUUCACCCCAGCACCUUUGGAGGACACCUCACGCCCCCAGUUCUGCAAGUGGCCCUGUGAGUGCCCACCAUCACCGCCCCGCUGCCCACUGGGGGUCAGCCUCAUCACCGAUGGCUGUGAGUGCUGUAAGAUGUGUGCUCAGCAGCUCGGGGACAACUGCACGGAGGCCGCCAUCUGUGACCCCCACCGGGGCCUCUACUGUGACUACAGUGGGGACCGCCCGAGGUACGCAAUAGGAGUGUGUGCACAGGUGGUCGGCGUGGGCUGCCUCCUGGACGGCGUGCGCUAUGACAACGGCCAGUCCUUCCAGCCCAACUGCAGGUACAACUGCACGUGCGUGGACGGCGCGGUGGGCUGCACGCCACGGUGCCUCCGCCAGCGCCCCCCGCGCCUCUGGUGCCGCCACCCGCGGCGUGUGAGUGUGCCUGGGCACUGCUGUGAGCAGUGGGUGUGCGACGACGACGCCAGGAGGCCGCGCCAGACGACGCCGCUGCACACGGGCGCCUUCGCGGCCGCGGUGGCAGAGCCCUGGCACCGGAACUGCGUGGCCCACACCAGCCCCUGGAGCCCCUGCUCCACCAGCUGCGGCCUGGGGGUGUCCACGCGCAUCUCCAACGCCAACGCCCGCUGCUGGCCUGCGCAGGAGAGCCGCCUCUGCAACCUGCGGCCCUGCGGCCUGGAGCUCCACCAGCACAUCAAGGAAGGGAAGAAGUGUUUGGCCGUGUACCAGCCAGCGGCGCCCGUCAACUUCACCCUCGCCGGCUGCGUCAGCACACGCUCCUACCGGCCCAAGUACUGCGGGGUCUGCACGGACCACAGGUGCUGCAUCCCCUACAAGUCUAAGACCAUCCGCGUCUCCUUCCAGUGUCCCGACGGGCCUGGCUUCUCCCGCCAGGUGCUGUGGAUUAACGCUUGCUUCUGCAACCUGAGCUGCAGGAACCCCAACGACAUCUUUGCAGACUUGGAAUCCUACCCUGACUUCUCAGAAAUUGCCAAUUAGGCAAAACCACGGGAUCAGGGAGCUGGCCCAGUGCUUGCAAAGACUCCCGCCCUCUCACACCCACAGUCAAGCCGCGGCCAGCCCACUUCCCGACCACCUCUAACUGCCCUGAUCCAGACCCUUGGCCCUGUACUGCCUCUGACCACCAGGGACCCAAGGGGGCAGCUUGGGCCCAGACUCUGGUCCCCAACUUGAAAGCACCCCACGUACACACCAAAGAAAGUGCCUCUCUUGAGCUGUCUGGACAAUUCCCCGAGUGGACCUGGCCUGUCCAGAUUACCAGAAGUCCUGCUGGUUCUUGCUCGAGUCACACGGAGCAGAAUCAACUUGACAUCUAAUAUUACCAAUUCCCUUUUAAUUUUAUUUUGUUUCUUUUCUUAAACGGAUUCCCUUUUUAUUUUAUUUCUUUUUUUUUUUUAAACUAACUCCUUCUUUAUAUGUCAACCACAGAUACUUUGUGUUCAUGGCACAAAUAGAUAGACUAUUUAGGACAGUGGAACAACCUCAGAAAGAACAGACAGUUGUGACCACAGUAUACUAGACUAUCUCUGACUUCUAGAUUUCUGCAUCCCUGGGUUACCAGAUAUUUGCCAAGUGGGAUGAACGGUUGCUUGGCUCUGAUUGUCAGUGGAAAAUUGUGUCUAUUGACCAGGGCAUCGUUGAGGUUACGUUUCUCUUCACUCACACACCAGGAAGGGUACAGAUGGUCUUCGUUCCAGUUGGAAAUGCAAUUUGAUAAAGCUCAUUCUUGUUCAUAGGAAAACCCAGCUUUCCAGGGUCAGAACGGGGCCAGCCAAUUUUCAGAAGGGCCAUCGGAGCCCAGCACCAAAUUUUCCUCCAGUCAGGGUCCCCUGCCUACUUGUGGGGGCAUGGGAGCUAGUAGGGCCUCCAGGAUGGCCUCUCUGACCCAGGACAGUGGUGUCCUGGGACAUUCCCCAGCUGCUUGGGAGACUCAGCUGAACUCCAGGUCAGACCUGCCUGAAAUGACAGAGGUGGUCCAGGCGGGGUGUGGGUCAGUCCAGAAAGUGGGUUCACUCUGUGUCUGCCUGGGGUGGCACAGCUCGCUGGACCCUGAACAUGUGUCUGUCUGCCACAGUGACCCGUUUCAAAGACUCGGGUCUGCAGACCCCAUCAAGUUUCCUGUGUGAAGACAGGGGUUUACCAGCUUUUUAGAAACAGAAGUCCAUGUAAUGGGGGCUAAAAGCCAAAAAGAGUUGAAGCUAAAAGAAAGAGACAGUUGUUACUAAGGGAAACAAGGCUAUUAUUUAUUUUAUUAGUAAAGUAUAAAUAUUUACUGUUAUAAUUUAAUUUAGUGCCUCCUGUGUGCCAGUCACUGCCUAAGCACAUGCCAGCAAGUUAAAAUGUCUCCAUCAUGUUGAAAGGCCUGUUUUGAUUUCUGCUCUUACAAGUGUGAAGUGGGAGUUCAGGAAGGUCAGGAAAAAUGACCGGUAUCACCUAGCUGGGAAGAUGGGAAUCAAAUCCAAAUUCAACUCAUUUUCUAACUUCUCCAUUGUUUUGAGAGCUUCCAAAUAUGUACAAUGAGGAAAAUAUAUUGAAAUAAGCGAUUUCUCAUUUUUGACUCUUAUUACUGUCUCUCUAGCCCUUUUCCCAGGAGAAGAGAGUAUCUGGCUUUCAGGUGAUUUAAGACAGUUGAGACCCAAAAAAUUAUGGGGUAGACAAAAGUCUAUCAAUCCCUACAUGUUAUCUUCCUCUUCAAAUCAGAACCAGCUCUCAUCCUGUAUUUAAAAGAUGAUUUUGUUUACACAAGCUUCAGAUUGAAACCAUGAGGGCAUUCUGUGUGGUAUGCAGAGGGACCCCUAAACAAAAUACUGAGCUGCUCAGAUAAGCUGGUGAAUAAAGGAAAUUUGCAUGUAUUCCUAUUUAAUUCAGAAGCUCUCUUCUCCCAAAGUUAUGUGACAAUAUCAUUUUUAUCAAUGAAACUUUCAUUGCUGUAGGAAAAGACACAUUUAAAGAAUGUCUAUUUUUGUAAAAAGAAAUCUGUGUGAAGAGAAUUUACCCCAGACUUCUCUAAAGUCUAUAUGGGUCAUGCUGGAUUUCCUUAGAGUGCAAACACCUGCCAUCUAUGCAUUUCCCUCUGGGCCUUGCUGAGCUAAGAGCCAACCCCUCUUAAAAUUCAGCAGAAACUCCAGAGCUAGGUUCAAACUGCACUUGCAUUCCAAAUUAGGAAACUGAGUUUUGCUUCACAGGAAGCCUGGUGGGGGGAGUUGGCGGCUGUGCUGGAAAUGGAUGGCCUGGGGUGGUGGGAUGGUCCAGAAAGGAUUUCUUUGGAGGAAUGAGCUACCGUGUGCCGGUGUCAGAGUGUAGGGGCAGGACAGGGCCACAGAGCAGGUUCUCUGAUCCAGCAGACCGGGUAAAGGAGGAGAGAGUCCUGGAGACCUCAGGGGUUUUCAGGCUUUUAUUGGGAUUUACAAGGCAUAUAGGAGGCAAGGGUGCUGGGGGGCCGGGAGGCUGGCAGGCCUCCCAGCCCCCAGCAAGACUUCACUCAGUCUGGGUUCUCUAGUUCCUCUGCUUCUGCUUCUCUCGGCUUCUCUGCUUCUCGUUCUGCUUCUCUCGGCUUCGGUUAGCAUUCCCGCCAUGCCGCCCCUAAAAGCCCAGUCUCAGCCCAGGUGAAUCCCAUCUACAUAGGCCCACACCCUACUCCAGGUGCCAGCCAUCAGGCAUGCAUUUGGGACCACAGGGUUCUGAAUUCUAUCCUAAUGGUGAGAGGGCAGAAAAGCCUGAUACUUGUUACCUUACCCUACACAGAGGCAAAGCCCCAGGUCUGUGUAGGGAAGGCGUGUGGACACGAAAAAGGCAGUCUCUCUGUGGCCCGCACAUGCCCUGGCUGCUCUCACUGCAUUAGCCUAGAGCGUCCCUAGCUCCAAGGCGCUGCAGACAUGAAAGUGGAGCCUCCCUCCAGCUAGUGCUGGCUUGGUGCUAAGUGUUUUGCUACAUUUUUAAUCAUAUUAAUCACUUCAACAAUUUUGAGUAAGCAUAUUGUCUCCAUUGUCAAAGAAGUUGAGAAAUCCCCCAAAAGUUUAUUCCACUCUUCUUUGCUCACAGAGAGGCUUCUAAGCAGAGGCUGGACCCUGCCUCUUGGAGACUCACAUUGGCAGGGAACCUGUCUGUGGCUGUGUCUCCAGUCCCUGGUAACCCCAGGGCCAGGUGGGGUCAUUACACCAAAGACACCUUAAUCUUCAGUGAAGAAAUUCACCUUAGUGCUUACAGUGACUCUCCCUGAUGUGCCUGGGAUAGGGAGAGGAUUCCUGCAGAUCCUGGUGAGUUCACUGAACCACCCAUGCUCAUCAUAAAUGUCCUGUGAGUGAGCGCUCAGCCUGUGCGAGGCCCUUAACAGCAUAUCUCAUUUAGCCUCCUAGUAACCCCCAAGAUGGCGGAUUCUCAUCUUUUGCUCAUUUUAGAGAUAAUACAGCUGAAGCUCUAGAGGGUUAGUCACUUCCUCACCUCUCACCACCUACUAAGUCCAGACCCGGAUCAUAAACCAAGGUGUGUCUGGCCCCUGGACCAUCUCUCUGGAGGCCAAGCACAGCUGGUCUGCCCCCCAAAUCAAGGGCAAGAGGUGCUUCACUGACCACGGCUGCAAUGUCAGCUGUGAACGUGACUCAGAGAGUGGUCAAGAAAGUCAUUCCCAAUGCCGUGAUUGUGUGUGACCUCAACACCAGCCCGUGCAUGCGCUGGAGGCACCCGUGUCCAGUAUGCUAAGUGAUGUCACUGCUUAUUCAAGGCCUCUCUUGAUGCAAACUGGCUGAGACGGUGACCGGCCGGCUGGGGCCCUGCCUGACUGGACAGGAGGUUUGUCGGUGUCCAGCCACACGACUGGACAGGAGGUGUGUCGGUGUGCGUGUCUGUACACGGAACGCCUUCUUCAAACUGUGCCUUCAUAUUUAAGUAUUCCAACUGCCAUUUUGUGACUACAAAAUACAUAUAAAGAAAUACCUUGCAAUUUCCCAAUAAAGGAAAAAUAGCACUCGGGCAAUCUGUCAUAUUUUACAUGUUCCUCGUUUUCCUCAUGAUUUGCGUCGCGUGGAACUUGUUUGUUCAACGUGAAGGGUUUUUAUUGCUCAAAUUCCCUGUUUAUAGCUCUCCUCCUCACAGCAAUAAAUCAUGUGCAAGCCGACUGACUGGAUAUGGUGGGGUUUUGUAUAUUCAGUUAUUACGAGGUGAUGAGCACCAGGGACCUUCAGCAAAUGUGCAGAUGGCAGCAAUUAAGCUCCAGAUAGUUUAGCUCUGGUGACAGAAACAGCUGAAUGUUUGGAGCGGGACUUAGAGAUCUGAUCCUGGAAUUCACAAGAGACGGAGCUCCAUCUGCGUCUGGGCAGGAAGA